AUGGCCAGCUAUCUCAUCACCGGCACCUCACGAGGCCUCGGCCUCGCCCUUGUCUCCCAGUUGCUCUCUCUACCAGCAUCACAAGUCGCAUCCAUCUUCGCAACUUCGCGAUCUGCGCAACCCAGUCCCAAUCUCAAAGACCUCAUCGACCAGUCCUCCGGCCGCGCAUCUUACAUCCAACUCGACGUAACCGACACGAUCAGCAUCCGAACAGCGGCACAACAAAUAGAACGCCAACUCCACGGCCGCGGUCUAGACGUCCUCAUCAACAACGCAGGAAUCCAACCCGUGACCAAGGGAGGGGCAGAAUACAUGGAUAAUCUCACCGAAACAUUCAACACAAACGUAAAUGCACCCCACGAAGUAAUCCGUACAUUCCUACCCCUUCUCCGCAAAGGAGACCGAAAGGUUAUUACCAAUAUAUCCACGACGUUAGGCUCUAUAGGCACGGCGUCACCUUUCAUGGCGAAAUUGACUCCGGCGUAUAAUAUCACCAAGGCUGCGUUGAAUAUGCUUACUGUGCAGUAUGCGCUUAGUCUUGGGGAUGAGGGGUUUACUGUUUUUUGUGUUAGUCCUGGGUGGCUAAAAACCGACCUAGGCGGACCAAGAGCAGAUCUCCCCGUCUCCACCGGCGCAGAAGCAGUGGCAAAGAUCAUCCUAGAGGCCAAUCACAAAGACACAAAUGGGAAGUUCCUCAACAUCCAUGUGCCCGGCUGGGAACAAACAGAGGGAUUCAAUCAAUACGACGGGGCAGAGAUCCCAUGGUAG